CAUACUCAGACGUCGAAGACGACAGCGGUAUUUGCUUUCAACAAGUUUAUCUGAUACCUGACUGUUGAGAUCUUGAAACAAGAUGAAGUCCACACGAUUCGCCAUCCCUCUCUUCUUGGUAGUCAUCUUCUGGGUUUACCAAGCUACUUCGGCUCCUGCUGGCCCGCGUCCGCGGGGAGAUCAAAAAGCUGAAAUGCGUGAGGAUAAGAACGUGAAACUUGACACCUUUGCUAAAGAUGUGGCUGAGGAAAUAAUAGACCGAGACGUAUAUCUGGCACAGCAUCCGGGAGGCCAGAAAGCUGAAAUGCGUGAGGAUGGGAACAUGAAACUUGACAACUCUGCUAAAGAUGUGGCUGAGAAGAUGGUAUAUUAUGAUCUGCCCCUGGAAAUGCGUGAGGAUGGGAACAUGAAACUUGACAACUUUGCUAAAGAUGUGGCUGAGGAAAUAAUAGACCGAGACGUAUAUCUGGCACAGCAUCCGGGAGGCCAGAAAGCUGAAAUGCGUGAGGAUGGGAACAUGAAACUUGACAACUUUGCUAAAGAUGUGGCUGAGGAAAUAAUAGCCCGAGACGUAUAUCUGGCACAGCAUCCGGGAGGCCAGAAAGCUGAAAUGCGUGAGGAUGGGAACAUGAAACUUGACAACUUUGCUAAAGAUGUGGCUGAGGAAAUAAUAGACCGAGACGUAUAUCUAGCACAGCAUCCGGGAGGCCAGAAAGCUGAAAUGCGUGAGGAUGGGAACAUGAAACUUGACAACUUUGCUAAAGAUGUGGCUGAGGAAAUAAUAGACCGAGACGUAUAUCUGGCACAGCAUCCGGGAGGCCAGAAAGCUGAAAUGCGUGAGGAUGGGAACAUGAAACUUGACAACUUUGCUAAAGAUGUGGCUGAGGAAAUAAUAGACCGAGACGUAUAUCUGGCACAGCAUCCGGGAGGCCAGAAAGCUGAAAUGCGUGAGGAUGGGAACAUGAAACUUGACAACUUUGCUAAAGAUGUGGCUGAGGAAAUAAUAGACCGAGACGUAUAUCUGGCACAGCAUCCGGGAGGCCAGAAAGCUGAAAUGCGUGAGGAUGGGAACAUGAAACUUGACAACUUUGCUAAAGAUGUGGCUGAGGAAAUAAUAGACCGAGACGUAUAUCUGGCACAGCAUCCGGGAGGCCAGAAAGCUGAAAUGCGUGAGGAUGGGAACAUGAAACUUGACAACUCUGCUAAAGCUCUGGCUGAGGAAAUAUUUUCUGGAGAUACUGCAUAAUGUCAAUCAAAAUGGAUAAUCCUCAUAAUGUCGUCCAUCGCAAUGGAUAACCCUGAGUGCAUUCAUAGUCCUCCAUCCAAAUUUACACUACUGCAUUAAGCAAUAUAAUGACUUUGAAUCAGUGUGUUUAAUUACAAAAUGUUCAGGAAGUUCACUGUGACUAACAAAUACGAUUACAACAUCACCUCAACUCUUUUUUUUUCACAAAUCAGACUAUCAACAAUUUCACCGUUAUGCCAAUCGUGCAAAUCGGUAUUAUUGUUACAGACCUGCAAACUGGCAGCUUACAACAUUAAUUCUAUCACAGCAAAAACUGUGGUGUUAACCGGUGUACACAUCACACCA